AUGGGCCAGGGGGCAAGGAGGGCCAGGGGACAAGGAGGGCCAGGGGGCAAGGAGGACCAGGGGACAAGGAGGGCCAGGGGGCAAGGAGGGCCAGGGGACAAGGAGGGCCAGGGGGCAAGGAGGGCCAGGGGACAAGGAGGGCCAGGGGGCAAGGAGGGCCAGGGGGUAAGGAGGGCCAGGGGACAAGGAGGGCCAGGGGGCAAGGAGGGCCAGGGGGUAAGGAGGACCAGGGGACAAGGAGGGCCAGGGGGCAAGGAGGGCAAGGAGGGCCAGGGGGCAAGGAGGGCCAGGGGACAAGGAGGGCCAGGGGGCAAGGAGGGCCAGGGGACAAGGAGGGCCAGGGGGCAAGGAGGGCCAGGGGGUAAGGAGGGCCAGGGGACAAGGAGGGCCAGGGGGCAAGGAGGGCCAGGGGGUAAGGAGGACCAGGGGACAAGGAGGGCCAGGGGGCAAGGAGGGCCAGGGGGCAAGGAGGGCCAGGGGGCAAGGAGGGCCAGGGGGGGACCAGGAGGGCCAGGGGGCAAGGAGGGCCAGGGGGCAAGGAGGGCCAGGGGGCAAGGAGGGCCAGGGGGCAAGGAGGGCCAGGGGACAAGGAGGGCCAGGGGACAAGGAGGACCAGGGGGCAAGGAGGGCCAGGGGGCAAGGAGGGCCAGGGGACCAGGGGGCAAGGAGGACCAGGGGACAAGGAGGACCAGGGGACAAGGAGGGCCAGGGGGCAAGGAGGGCCAGGGGGCAAGGAGGGCCAGGGGGCAAGGAGGGCCAGGGGGCAAGGAGGGCCAGGGGACAAGGAGGGCCAGGGGACAAGGAGGGCCAGGGGACAAGGAGGGCCAGGGGGCAAGGAGGGCCAGGGGGCAAGGAGGACCAGGGGGCAAGGAGGACCAGGGGACCAGGGGGCAAGGAGGACCAGGGGACCAGGGGGCAAGGAGGGCCAGGGGACAAGGAGGACCAGGGGACAAGGAGGACCAGGGGGAAAGGAGUGCCAGUGUACCAGGAGCAAAAGGGGGACCGGGGCAAAGGGUGCAAGGAGGGCCAGACGGCCAAAUGGGGCCCUGUGGAUAG